CCGGGCCGCCGCGCUUCUCGGGCCGGUCGGUCCGUAGCGGGCCAUGGCCAACGUGUCUAAGAAGGUGUCGUGGUCCGGCCGCGACCUGGACGACGACGAGGCGGCGCCUCUGCUGCGGAGGACGGCGCGGCCCGGGGCGCCGGCCGGCGAGAGCACGCCGCUGUUGAACGGAGCCGGGCCGGCGGCCGCCCGUCAGUCGCCACGUUCAGCAUUUUUCCGGAUCGGACAGAUGAGCAACGUGGAGCUGGACGAUGAGCUGCUCGACCCGGAGAUGGACCCCCCUCACCCUUUCCCCAAGGAGAUCCCGCACAAUGAGAAGCUCCUGUCCCUCAAGUACGAGAGCUUGGACUACGACAACAGUGAGAACCAGCUGUUCCUGGAGGAGGAGAGGCGCAUCAACCACACGGCCUUCCGGACGGUGGAGAUGAAGCGCUGGGUCAUCUGUGCCAUGAUUGGGAUCCUCACGGGCCUUGUGGCCUGCUUCAUUGACAUCGUGGUGGAGAACGUGGCUGGCCUGAAGUACAAGGUCGUCAAGGACAAUAUCGACAAGUUCACGGAGAGAGGCGGGCUCUCCUUCUCCCUCUUGCUGUGGGCCACACUGAACUCUGCGUUCGUGCUUGUGGGCUCUGCGAUCGUCGCCUUUGUGGAGCCGGUCGCCGCUGGCAGCGGGAUUCCCCAGAUCAAGUGCUUCCUCAACGGGGUGAAGAUCCCCCAUGUGGUCCGGCUCAAGACCCUCGUGAUCAAAGUGUCUGGUGUGAUCCUGUCCGUGGUGGGCGGACUGGCGGUGGGAAAGGAGGGGCCGAUGAUUCACUCGGGCUCUGUGAUUGCCGCUGGGAUUUCCCAGGGGAGGUCAACGUCGCUGAAGCGCGAUUUCAAGAUCUUUGAGUACUUCCGCAGGGACACGGAGAAGCGGGACUUUGUGUCGGCGGGAGCUGCGGCCGGCGUGUCUGCCGCAUUCGGAGCCCCCGUGGGUGGGGUCCUGUUCAGCUUGGAGGAGGGUGCCUCCUUCUGGAACCAGUUCCUGACAUGGAGAAUAUUCUUUGCUUCCAUGAUUUCCACUUUCACCCUGAAUUUUGUCCUGAGCAUUUACCAUGGAAACAUAUGGGACCUCUCCAGCCCAGGGCUUAUCAAUUUUGGAAGAUUUGACACAGAGACGAUGGUGUACACGAUCCACGAGAUUCCUAUCUUCAUUGCCAUGGGCGUGGUGGGUGGUAUUCUUGGGGCCGUGUUCAAUGCCUUGAAUUACUGGCUGACGAUGUUUCGAAUCAGGUACAUUCACCGGCCCUGCCUCCAGGUGAUCGAGGCCAUGCUGGUGGCUGCGGUCACGGCCACGGUCGCCUUCGUGCUCAUUUACUCAUCCCGAGAUUGUCAGCCCCUGCAGGGGAGCUCCGUGUCCUACCCCCUCCAGCUCUUCUGUGCAGAUGGCGAGUACAACUCCAUGGCCGCCGCCUUCUUCAACACCCCGGAGAAGAGCGUGGUCAGCCUCUUCCACGACCCCCCAGGCUCCUACAAUCCCAUGACGCUCGGCCUCUUCACUCUGGUCUACUUCUUCCUGGCCUGCUGGACCUACGGGCUGACGGUGUCUGCCGGUGUCUUCAUCCCGUCCCUGCUCAUCGGGGCCGCCUGGGGCCGGCUCUUCGGCAUUUCCCUGUCCUACCUUACAGGGGCCGCAAUCUGGGCGGACCCUGGCAAAUAUGCCCUUAUGGGAGCAGCUGCCCAGCUGGGUGGGAUCGUGAGGAUGACCCUCAGCCUGACAGUCAUCAUGAUGGAGGCCACCAGCAACGUGACGUACGGCUUCCCCAUCAUGCUGGUCCUCAUGACCGCCAAGAUCGUGGGGGACAUCUUCAUUGAGGGCCUGUAUGACAUGCACAUUCAGCUGCAGAGCGUGCCCUUCCUGCACUGGGAGGCCCCCGUCACCUCUCACUCGCUCACUGCCAGGGAGGUGAUGAGCACGCCAGUCACCUGCCUACGGAGGAGGGAGAAGGUGGGCGUCAUCGUAGACAUACUCAGCAACACGGCAUCCAAUCACAACGGGUUCCCCGUAGUGGAGUUUGCUGGUGAUACUCAGCCGGCCCGGCUUCAGGGCUUGAUCCUGCGCUCCCAGCUGAUUGUCCUCCUGAAGCACAAGGUGUUCGUGGAGCGCUCCAGCAUGGGCCUGGUGCGACGGCGGCUGAGGCUGAAGGACUUCCGGGAUGCCUACCCACGCUUCCCACCCAUCCAGUCCAUCCACGUGUCGCAGGACGAGCGCGAGUGCACCAUGGACCUGUCAGAGUUCAUGAACCCCUCCCCCUACACGGUGCCCCAGGACGCGUCCCUCCCGCGGGUGUUCAAACUGUUCCGGGCCCUGGGCCUCCGGCAUCUGGUGGUGGUAGACAACUGCAACCAAGUGGUGGGACUGGUGACCAGGAAGGACCUGGCCAGGUACCGGCUCGGGAAGGGGGGCCUGGAGGAGCUCUCCCUGGCCCAGACGUGAGGCCCUGGCCCCUCCCUGGGGCCCCCACCUCGCUCCCUGGGGCAGCAGUGGAUACAGCAUUCCCCAGUCCUCGGGACGUGUGUGUGUCUGUGUGUUUGUGCGCGUGUGAGACAGCGAGCAAGCCGGCCCCCAGGGCGGGGCCCCUUGCUGCUUCUGUGCUGUCUGCUUCCCUGCGGGCCGGCCCAGGAGGACCACACCGUCUGUGCUUCACCAGCUGGGGCCUGGGGGACAUGCAGCUGCUGCAGAGGCCUAUAGCCUUGUCCCUUCGACUCUGUCUGCGGCCUUGAGGUGAUGGGCCUGGACCUCGAGGCAAGGGCCCUGGGGAGCAGACACGGCAGCGGGCUCUAGCGGAAAGCCAGCUGUUUUCCCAGACUUACCACGUGGCCCUCUGGGGUCUUGGCCAGGGAGGGAGCUGAGAACCAUCUGCGGGCCUGAACAGCUCCGUCCCCCCAACGUCCAGACGAUGGCUGUGGCCGGUGUGCACCGAGAGACUGGCAUUCCUAAGCAGAGGGGCUCCCACUGGCCUCCGAGGACCCCUGGCCCAGGGCCACCUUCUGAGGCAGCUCUGGUCCCCGUUCUGGGGCAGGUGGCCUCUGGGAUGGGCCGGUGAGCCUGGAGCAAGGAUACUGGGCCUCUCCCUGGCUGGUGUCCUGUGGCCCCAGGGCCCCAGGGCCCCAGGGGACCUUUCCUGGAGGUGAUUUCCCCGGCCUGCUUCGGAGAGCAGGCUACACAGCCGCCGUUGUGGCAGCCUGGCGGUGUGGGGGGGAGCUCAGCUGGGUUUGGGCCCCUUUCCAGGGAGCAGGGCCUCGAAAAGCCAGUCCCUUCCUGGCAGGAGCCCUGUGGGUGACGCAGGGGGAUGAGCUUGGGGGGGCUCUGGAAGGGAGAAAUAAAGGAAUCGUACCCUGAUGGCCAGUGCCGGCUCCCUGGUUCCUGCCCAGCAUAGGCCAUGGUCCAGCAGUCGGGGGUUUGCGGGGCCACUGAGCGGGGUCAUCGGGACGGGGCCGCCUUGACCACCCCCCCACCGGGAGGAGAUGGAGGCAAGAGGCCCAGAACCCUUGUGAGGAGGCAGUGGUGGCCCACGGACAUCUGUGGGAUAUGCCGGCACUGGCCCCGGACGCCCGGGGGCCCUCGGUCUGGAUGCCACUCUGGGCUGCGAGGGGUGUGGAAAGGCCCCCAGACUGGGGUUGAUUUUAGAGCCGUCGCCUUGUCCUGGGGAAGCCCUGGUCAGCCCUCGGGCAGGUCUGGGUGAUGGGGCGCAGGGAGCAUGGGUCCACGCUGGCCUGACACAAACUGGGGAGCAUCAGGCCGGACUUCGAAGACCUGGAGUGGGAAAGCGGGAACGUCGCGGUUCAUGUGAUGACACCUUGAACCAGCCGCUCGGCCCCCACAUUGGGUUAAAUAAAACACUGGAAACUCGC